CAGAGCGGAGGGCAGCGCGGGAUGGCCGGGGAACGCGCCCUGCAGCGCUUUUACGCGCACCGCGUGUUCGUGCAGGGCGAAGACGAAGACUGGCGCGCCUGGAGGAGCUCCGAGGUGGUGAGCAAGACGGUGGCGAAGCUGAUCGAGUGGCUGUACCAGAGCAGCACCGGGCUGUACCCCGAGGACGCCAGGCCCGUGGGGAGCCACGAGCAGGAGCUGCACGUCCAGAGCCACGCCAGUGCCAGCGACUUCGACUUUCUCAUCCCGCUGCGCUUCCCCCCCGAGCUCCGGCUGAUGGGCCGCAGGCCGGUCCGGGACCUGAGCGCCCUGGAAACGCGGCUCCCCACCUACAUCUACGGGGCCGGGGGCGGGGCGCUGCCGGUGUUCCGCUGCGGGAGCAGAGUGGUCCUGGAGCUGGCCACGCUGCGAGCGGAGGGGGCCACCGCCUACUGCGAUGCGCCCAGGGCAGCAGAGAGAGACAAAUUCAAGGAAAGCAUCGACAAUCACCACUUGGAUCCUGUCCGCAUCCUGCAGGACUUCCACAGAUAUGUGCAAAAUGCUCUGAUUGCAGAUGAAAACAGCCACCCCAGAGACAAUGACCCGGUGUGGCAAGCAAGACUAUGGAAACCUAGAGUGCCUCAGAUUCAUAAAUCAAUAAAAGAGAGAAUGACACUGCAGCCCUGGGACCCCAAAUGCCCGGCUGUGCAGCUGAUUUUCCGGCUGGGCGAGGAUGAGAGUGUCUCUGUGGAUCUGGUCCCUGCCAUCCAGGGUAAAGUGGUGUUGUCUGAGGACUGGCAGAGAGAUGACCUGGCCAGACUGUCCGACUGGUGGGACAAGGAGCCGGGCAACAGCCAGGAAAGAUUCCGCCAGAAGGCAGAGCAAGUUGGGAGAGUCAGGGCUGAAGUAGUGGCCAAAGAUAGUUUCUGGAGGUUCUCUUUUGCUAAUGCCGAGACAGCUUUUCUCCGGGACAUCGACAGUGACGGGGGGCAGCGACGGAAAGCUCUGAGACUCCUGAAGUUCAUAAACAAGGAGUGCUUGGUCCCAGAAUACGGCAAGAUACUGACAUCUUACCACCUGAAGACUGUUCUUCUGUGGGCCCAGGAUAUUCACCCAGAGAAGAAGAAAUGGGAAACCCUGGAGUUGUCCCUGAAGACCCUCCUGAGCCUCCUACGUCACUGCGUGAACAAGAGAAAGCUCCCCCACUAUUUCCUGCGUGACUUUAACCUCUUCAACAAGCGCUACAGGGAAGGCAAUGGGUUCUAUGAGCACCUGGCCUUGCAGGUUCUUGACAAGGAGUGGGAGCUAUUGGAGGUGGAUCCAGUGCUGUAUAUAUCCUGGAGAGUCCUCAAGGUUUCUGAGAGUCCAGGGGCCUUCAGCACUCUCUUGGAAUUUAAAGCGAGCCACCGGGAAGCCCUGAAGAAGCUGAAGGAUUUGGAGGAGGAGGAAGAGGGGUAUAAGUGGGAAGAGGAAGAGCUGGGCAACAAGAAUGUAACUGCCUGGCCAAUCCCAGGGAACGAACAGGUAGAGCCCUGCAGGGUUGAACAGAGGAGCAGAUGCUGGCUAUAGGAUUCUGCCGGAAAAAAGCCACUGCCAUAGCUAAGAAUGAGAAACAUGUAAUCUGAGCAGCACUAAAAUGCUCAUGCAUCA